UUGAAAUCACAUAAAAACUCAUUUGAAAAUAAUAAACAAAUAAUUAAAGACUAAAAACGGCAAACAGCAGUUGAAAUAAACAGCGGGCACCAAUGAAACCCAAAGAAAGAACUGAAGUAAUGAUAUAUACAUUUACACAUUACACAUCUGUUAGAAAUGCAUCCCAGAUUUCUGUAUUGGUGUCCAUUAUCCCCAUUUGUUCUGUAUAUCAGACGUUCAUAUGAGGCGGUUUCUGAUAUCAUGUGGGUAAACUGUAUGCCAUAAGUAAUCAUGAGUUUGUUCUUUAUUACAUAAUCUCCAAACAUGGAUAAAAAAUAUGUUUACCUGCUUCAUUUCUUUGUCCAGGUGCUUGUUCUUCUGCUCUUCCUGUGUGUUAAGGACCACCUGUCAUCCCUCCUGUAUCCACAGGAGAGGAGCCUCCAGACAGACACAGAUCUCUGCAGCGACCUUCUGCUCGCGUUAGUGGACUCGGCAGACUGGCUGCUCGUCUUCCAACCAAACGAACGAGGCGUUUACCAGCCGAUCGCCAUGGUGACGUCAGAUGAGCUGAACCGACUGAUGCCGUGGGCCUUCUACAGCCUGCUGCUCCAGCAGAGUGCCGAGCUGCUGCGGAGAGCGGCGUGUUGUCCGGGCUUCCUCCACACCUCCGUCCUCUGCUACGUCGCUCUGCUGCAGCUCUUCCUGGAAGGAGACGCGCUCACGCCGGCUGGCCAACCCGAUCAGAUGGAGCCUUUCCGGAUUCUGAGCCAUGCCAAGCAGUUUCUCCUGAGAGUGAUUCCGCAGACGCCUCCCACCGCUCUGUCCUCCAGCCGACUCAGACAGCUGGAGUCCCAGUGCGCAGACCUGGACCGCGAGGUGGCAUCGGCUCUGUCCGUGCACCUGGACCCUCACAGCCUCAGCCCAGAGAUGGACUUCCUCUGAAAAAGCUGUGGC